GGAGAGACAGUCUGUUUUAAAUUACAGAUCUUUCAGACCUUCAAUCUUCAGUGCGAGUUAAACUGUGUGUGUUGAAACUUGAAGAAUUCAUCGCAGAUAUAAAUUGCUUCGUACGUGCAUCUGAAUCAUGGAAGCGUGCUUGGCCGCUAGUUGUGCAGCUGCAGCGAAUGGUUCUACUGCUAAUAUCUUCGCACUAUUGAUGCAAACGCUUCUAGCAGCGCAAUGCAACUUAGCCAGUGAUAUUUACCCUCCAGACCGUUCAGAAGAGAUUGCCGCUUCUAAUAUAGAAUUUGACUUCGUGAUUGUUGGUAGUGGAAGCGCUGGAUCUGUGGUGGCCAAUCGUUUGACCGAAGUAGAAGACUGGAAAAUAUUGUUAAUUGAAGCUGGCGAGAAUCCCUCAAUACUAAGCGAGAUUCCCGGAGCCUUUAUAAUGCAAGUAGAUUCACCGGUGGAUUAUUCAUACGAUGUUGAACCCGAAAAAUUUGCUUGCCUCAGUAGCAAAAACAAAUUAUGCAAAUGGGCAAAAGGUAAGGCUCUUGGCGGCAGCUCUAUUCUAAAUGCUAUGCUCUAUAUUUAUGGCAACGAUGAGGACUACAACGAGUGGUCUAGAAUGGGUAACAAAGGAUGGAGCUAUGAUGAAGUCUUGCCAUAUUUCAAGAAAUCGCAAUCUUGCGGUCAUGGACAUAGUGAGGAGUGGAGAAGCAAAUUUUGUAAUCAGGACGGACCAUUAAAAGUCAGAUAUUUUAACUAUACUAACCCGGAUGUAUUUAAUAUGGUUCUAGACGCCGCUCGUGAAUUAGACGUGCCUAUUUUGGAUGUUAUUAAUAAUGGUGAAAAAUAUAUCGGAUAUGGCAUAGCCCAAGGCACCUUGGACAAAGGUCGCAGAAUGAGUUGUUCUAAAGCCUUUCUAUCGCCAAUUAAAGAUAGAAACAAUCUGUAUGUAAUGAAAUCUACUCGAGCCGAUGCCAUUCUCCUUGAUGAUUCUCGAGCGGUCGGAGUACGCGUGACUUUGAAAGACGGAAGAUCAAUUGAUGUGAAAGCCUCGAAAGAGGUGAUCCUGUCGGCCGGCAGCAUUGGUAGUCCACAACUUCUUAUGCUUUCCGGCAUCGGACCCAAACAACAUUUACACGAAAUGGAGAUACCUAGUGUCGUUGACUUACCUGUCGGCAAGAAUCUUCAGGAUCACAUUAGAUGGAACGGCCUAUUCUGGGCUUUUAAAAAUCACAGUGCAGCACCUUCGCCCACAUAUUUAUUAGACGAAGCUUACGAGUACUUAAUUUACAAUCGAGGUCCCUUCGCAAGUAGCCUCGCCCAUGAUCUUCAUGGAUUCGUUAACGUACAUGACCCGAGUUCCAAAUAUCCAAACAUUCAGUUUCAUCAUGCGCAUUUUCAACAAGGGCAAGUAGAUAAAACAUUUAUUUCACUAAUGCAGCUUUAUAUAAACAAAGAAAUAAGUCAAGAGAUAGCAAAAAUUACAACAGAGGAGACGGUACUCGCUCCUUUACCUGUUCUGCUAAAACCGAAGAGCAUAGGUGAAUUGCGACUACGUAGCAAAGAUCCGGCGGAUCCAGUCAGAAUCUUUGCCAAUUAUUAUUCUGUACAAGAGGACAUGGAAAUAAUGUUAAAGUCUUUGGACAUCGUGAAAAAAAUGAUGAACACGGAGUCAUUUAAACGGCAUGGAGUAAGAUUGCAUCAUCUAAACAUUACGGGUUGUCAUGAUACUGAACCUGAUUCUGAAGAAUAUUGGAAAUGUAAUCUGCGAUAUAUGUCGUUUACGCUUUAUCAUCCUGUUGGAACGACCAAGAUGGGUCCUCAAGACGAUCCCACAGCUGUCGUAAGUCCACGAUUAAAGGUCCACGGUAUACAGGGAUUAAGAGUAAUUGAUGCAUCCAUCAUGCCGACUAUUACUAGUGGAAACAUAAAUGCGCCUACGAUAAUGAUAGGUGAAAAAGGUGCGGAUUUAAUCAAGGAGGACUGGGCAAUUAUAAGGGACAAGGAUGAAUUGUAGAAAGUAAAUUUUAAAACUUCUAACUGUUUCAAAACUUUUUUCUUCUUUUUCUUUUUUUUUAAUUU